ACAGCUGCGAGGCUCCGGGCUCGCGCUGGCCGCGCCAUGUCCGCUCCCUGCCGCCUGCACAGCCCGCCCGCAGAGACACAGAGGCUGCUGACCCCUGUGAAUAGCUAUGGGUCUCAAGACGGGGGGGCCGGGCCGGGCAUGGGCUCCGCUUCCCUCCUGCCUGAGGAGGAAGACUUGCGCAGGCGCCUCAAGUACUUCUUCAUGAGCCCAUGUGACAAGUUCCGCGCCAAAGGCCGCAAACCCUUCAAGUUGGUGCUGCAGAUCAUCAAGAUCAUCAUUGUCACCAUCCAGCUCAUCCUCUUUGGGCUCAGCAAUCAGAUGGUGGUGACGUUCAAGGAGGAGAACACCAUUGCUUUCAAACAUCUGUUUCUGAAGGACUAUGUGGAUGGGUCGGAGGACACAUAUGCUGUCUAUACGCAGAGGGACCUCUACGAUCACAUGUUCUACGCCGUGGAGAAGUACCUGGCCAUUCCUAACGAGACAAUCGGGCGCUACGCCUACGUGCAUGGGGAGUGCAGCGGGAACCAGUCGGCCCUCAUGCUGUGCCAGCAGUACUAUCGCAAAGGGCAGAUCGACCCUGCCAAUGACACUUUCAACAUCGACCCCAAGAUCAUCACAGACUGCCUGGGUGUGGACCCCAUGGAGAGGAUGCCCUGGCCCCUGCAGCCUGUGGAGACACUCUCCCUGCAGCCCCACCCCAGCUACCAGAACUUCACGCUCAAGUUUCACAAGCUCAUUAACGUCACCAUCCAGUUUAAACUGAAGGCCAUCAACAUCCAGACGAUCAUUAACAAUGAGAUCCCAGACUGCUACACCUUCACCAUCACUAUCACGUUUGACAACAAGGCUCACAGUGGCCGGGUGAAGAUCAGCCUGGACAACAAAGCUGACAUUAAAGAGUGCAAGGACCCCAGCAUCUAUGGCCGAGGAGACAACACCUUCCGCAUGUUCUUCGACGUGGCUGUGAUCCUUGUUUGUGUGCUGUCCUUCAUCCUGUGUGCCCGCUCCAUCAUCCGGGGCUUGAUACUGCAGCAUGAGUUGGGCCAUUUCUUUCAGAGACGUUACAACCAGGACGUCUGCCUGUCAGACCGCAUGGAGUUUGUGAAUGGCUGGUAUAUCCUGCUGGUGGUGAGUGAUGUCCUGACAGUGUCCGGGACCAUCAUGAAGAUCGGAAUUGAGUCAAAGAACUUUGCCAGCUAUGACGUGUGCAGCAUCCUUCUGGGCACCUCCACUCUCCUGGUCUGGGUCGGGGUCAUCCGCUACCUCAGCUUCUUCCAGAAAUACAAUAUUCUCAUAGUGACCAUGAGGGUCGCCCUCCCCAACGUGAUCCGCUUCUGCUGCUGUGUUGCUGUCAUUUACCUGGGCUACUGCUUCUGCGGGUGGAUCGUACUGGGCCCGUACCAUGUCAAGUUCCGCACCCUCUCCAUGGUGUCCGAAUGCCUCUUCUCCCUCAUCAACGGGGAUGAUAUGUUCGUGACCUUUGCUGAGAUGCAACAGAACAGCUACCUGGUGUGGCUCUUCAGCCAGCUCUACCUCUAUACCUUCAUCAGUCUCUUCAUCUACAUGGUGCUCAGCCUCUUCAUUGCACUCAUCACCGGCUCCUAUGAGACCAUCAAGCACCAAUGUGAGGGUGAUGUGCCCAUCACACAGCUCCACAUGUAUAUUGCCGAAUGCAAAGACAGCCCAAGGUCUGGCAAGUUCCGCCGUGAGAGCAGCUCCUCCUGCUCGGUUUUCUGCUGCUGCGAGCGGGCUCCACUGCAAGACAACACACUGGUGGUGAAUUGACAACGCAGCUGCGGGAGAGCCUGAUCUGUGUACCUGUGCGGGAGAGCACUGUCUGCUGUACUGCUGGGGAACUGAGCCUGUACAUGGAACUGCCUGGAGGGGAUUGGUCAAGGGGACAGUCCCAGCCCUGCGACCGCACCCACUGGCAGCUGCCUCCCUGGCUGGACUCCAAGGACUAGUAGCAGGAGUGGGGCUGUGUGGCCCCCAAGCAGAGACAUGGGUGAGCUCUGUCCACCAAGAUGAACCCUGGAUCUGCUGAGUCAGCGCUUAGCCUAUAGCACCAGCUGGGCUCUGCUCAGUGUGUGCUGGCCACAUGGACUGGAACCUUGGGCCACAGCUUUUAUGUAGCACCUUUUUUUAUUUACCUUCUGGCUUUUACCAGGCUGUGAGAUCCGGGAUGGGGGAGGAAAAGGGCUGAGGACCCCCCUUUGUCACCGCCUUGGGUUUGGGGGGGGGAGGGGAAAUGGUGUGGUUCUUCACAUGGAGCCAUGCAAAAAUGGAACCUGAAUGAGAUGAGCACUGCAGUGAUGCCAGCACUCCUGUCCCAUGGCAGUGCCAUCCCUCAGCAGAACCCUCCCUUGUCCCUUGCAGCCUGGGUCCCAGCAGGGACUGCUGAGUUUAUGUAGCGGAAGGAGUUCCCCUGAUGGAGCCCUUCCUCCCUUAGGCAGGGGAAGCCCAGCUUUGCAGUGGGCUAGGAGAGUUCGGGAAAGAUACUGCUGUCCAGACCUUGUUGCUGCUCUUGACCACCCCCCCCCCCCACCCCCAGUUGGGAACUGGUGCCAUCCCAGGGCUGUGUUCUGGGUACUCUGUCAUUCUGCAUCUUGCCUUUUCCAGUCUCCGCUCUCUUCUGACUGCUGGCCUGUCUGCUGCAGAGAUGCCCCACUGAGGGCAUCACUGAGUUGCACUGUGCUGGGUGCUGUUGGCAGCCUGGACACUUGAUAGGCUGGGUUUAGUUUUGAAGGUGUUUUUAAAAUGUUUUCAAGCUGCCUCUUUCCCCCCCCCCCGCCCCCAAAUGCCAUGCCUGGGGGGAAGGUGGGGAGGGGAGGGCUGGGCCCUUCCUGCUGCCUCAGGAUGUUUAAAAAAGCCUUUUGGGCCUUUAUCUUUUGUCUACAUUUGUUAACUUUAGAAACAGUCUGCUCUCCCCUGUUCCUACUGGAGGUCUCCUUGGAGGAACAGAGAGUUGGGAGGGGGAUAUGGCUUCUGCCUGCUGAUGAGGGAGGGCAUGCUGGGCUGGGGCCUUGCACAGACCUCUUCCACCUUGAACGUCUGGCAAAGCCUUGGCCUGGUCUACACUGGGGCGGGGGGGGGGGAUAUCUAUCUAAGAUAUGCAACUUCAUCUAUGAGAAUAGUGUAGCUGAAGUAGAUGUACCUUAGAUCGACUUAGAAUCACUUACUUCGCAUCCUUGCGGUGCGGGAUCGACAGCCACCGCUCCCCCGUCGACUCCAUUUCCACCUCUCGCCUUGGUGGAGUUCCAGAGUCGACAGGGAGCGCAUUCGGGGAUCUAUGUAUCGCAUCUAGAGGAGAUGCGAUAGAUCGAUCACUACCCGCUGAUCCGGCAGGUAGUGUAGACGUACCCUAGGGUUCUGCACCAAUCCCUUCCUUUCCCAAGGGCUGUGUCUCUUGCUCUCUGAUGUCACAAUUCUGCUAUACCCCAAGCCCUUCAGAAUCCUCCAGUGCAGAGAAGAGGGGAGCCCUGGUUUCUGAUGGAAAUGCAUGUGGGAAAGGACAGGUUCUUUCCGUGCCAGCAGCAGCAUAGCCCCAGGGCCCUUUUCCAGUCACCUUGCAGUUUUAAUACUUUUUAAAUCAUGUGGUUUUUAGGACUCACUGCCUCUCCUGUGCAUUGUUUACAGCCAGGCAGUAGUGUGUGCGCUGAGAAUGGCUGCUGGCUAAGCCUCUGUGGGGUCAGAUCCUUCCCCUUGGGCCUUAGAGGGGUGUGGCCAGCAUCCACAACCAGGGAGCUUGUGUCCUAUACAGACUGGGAAGGCCCCCAGGGCUGGGUGUGCUGGAGCCCAACAGGAGUACCUGUGAAACGGGGGGUGGACAAAUUGGUAGCAUCUGGGCUGUCUUGGGACAGACUUGGCAGCAUCCUGCCUCCACCGCCUGUGAAAUCACAGGCCUAUCCACCACACUGAAUUCACUUACAGCCUGGAACUCUGCAGGAAAGGGUUUCCAGCAGGGUCAGGGCUGUGGGAUGGCAGCAGCACUAGAAGUAUUUAAAUCUUCCUCUGGCAGAGCCCCCCACUUAGGAAGCUGGCACCUCAGGCUUUGGAGGGUGUUCACUGUAUGGUGUUGGGGUCAGUGUAGCCCUGCUUUGGAACUGGCCUGCAGCCCCUCUCCCUGCUCAGGGCUGUUAGUGCUGGUGAUGUCAGUAGUACCUGCUGAAUGCCCAAUAUGAAUCCCCAUGAAGAUGAGUGUGGCUCGGAGCCAGCCCUGGUGUUGGUAGUUCAGAUUGUGUCUGUCAACGAAUUGUGCUUCAAUCAGACUGUUGCCCAAACCCUGGUCAGCUCACACUGCAGCAGGCAGCUGGUUUCUUAGAGGCCUCCCUGCCUGUUGGCUUCUCCCAGCAAUGCCAUUUGUGCAGCAUCUCAAGUGGCUUCCCCUCCCCCCUUGCUUAGGGUGCGGCGCUCUUCCUGUUGACUGGCAGGAGGCCGAGUGGCUUGUACAUGUUUUGUUUGGCUUGGAGCAUUGCCACCUGUGCUCAGCUCCUGGUGUCCCAGGGUUGCAGUGGCUCUGUCCACACUCUGUGAAAACCCUGCACUCUGGACUGUGGGCGCUAGACCCAGGCUGCAUGGAAGAAAAGGUAAGAGGGGUCUCAGGGCUGGGCCUCCUUUCCCAUGUGUGUGCGCUGACCAUUGCUGCUCUGUUGGGAGCAGAGUUAAGCUGACAGGACACUUUUGAACAGCUCCACUGGCCCUUCCACUAUGGUGUCUAUUCCCCCCUGCUGAAGGGCCUGGUGCACAGCUGGCCUAGGCCCUAGCCACUGCUACCUGUAAUCUGUCGUCUCUGUGGCUGGCAGAGGCCUGUGCUGCUGGAGCUGGCUGAAGGGGCUGUUUAUAUUGCUCUGGAUGUGUUGUCUCGUGGGCUGUUGGACAGGACAGGUCAAGGGCAUGUUUUGUAACAACAGAAGCAACUGUUCCCCUCUGGAAGCUGGCACCGUGACAGUUCAGCAUUAUUACUCUUGGAAAGCUCCACUGAAUACCUGCCUUCUGCAGCCUGUGCUGUCCCUCUGCUGUCUGCAUGGGCCACUGCUGUUGGGGAGGAAGGGGGCCCUGUCUCUUCUAACAAGCUCAUUGCAUUCAGCCCUCUCAGUAGCUCCACAUUGCUGUCUGCCCCCUCAGUGUAAUGGGCUCAUGUGUCAAACCCCUUCACCCCAAUCUGUGGCUAGCAUGUGGCCCUGCUAAUAGUGCCAGCAGCUGAGCCUGGGUCUGUGUUCGUCUGUACAGGAUGCACCUGUCAUAGCCCUGCUGUAGGGCCAGGACUGCUGUGCUGGGGACACAUUUUUGCCAUGCGUGUCUCCCCUACACCCCCCAAGCACAGGGGCUGUCACUAUCUGCAUUGCUGCUGGGGUGAUGAGCUUAUUACAAGCAUCUUUGUCUUCCCCCAGUACCAACUCAUCAGUGCAAUGAUGAGGCAUCUUUCAGUGCUCCAGCUAUAGAAAAUGAUCUUGGCUGCUGCCUGCCUGUCGGUUCAUGCAGCCCUUUCCUCCAGGGGUUGGCAGCGCUGCUAAUUUGUGACUUUAAUGUGAGCCUUGCAAUAUUUGGUGUGCCUCCCCCCGCCCCCCUUCCUUAAACUCACAGCAUCAUGUGCUGUCAGGGGAAUCUAAGCUUUGGUUUUAAAGAGUUUCUAGCCUUCCUGGUUGUGGAGAAAAAGCCUAAAGGCUCAGAGACCAGCAUGUUUUGUG